AUGUCUCAAAAUAAGGAUAUCUCUGAAGAGAGUACUUCGACGACGCUUUCUGAGGGUCUUACUCGGUCGCUUGUCCUAAAACAACUACUCGACAAACAGGUUGCUACGGAUAUUCUCAAGCGAACACUAUCAGUUGGUUCAGUACAGUCAACCGCCUCAAGCUCGGCGGAGUGGAUGAACGCAGGCAGAUUCGAUAACCGCCCCGAUCUGCGAGAUAUUGGGCGAGGCAGCUGCGGUAGUGUAUUCGAGAUUCCAGGAACCACGCAAGCUAUCAAGAAAGGCGCCAAUGCCGACUCGAUCUGGACUGACUUCUGCUUGACGAACUGUGCCUACAAUAGCUACCUUUCCUGGGCUCGCUUGCUAGCAGAAAACUUCCCUGGACGUCGCACACCGCGAGUGCCUCGAGCACGGCAUUUCCACGGGCCUGAGGCCCACGAAUUCUGGACUGCGAGCAUUUCAAGGUUCCCCAAGGAAGACCAGACUACAGCCGCAGUAUUCUACCUCGAUCGCAUCUUGCCAGUACCUUCCCUUACGCGUGAAGCCCUCAUCCGCCAGUUCUACCAGGACGACAAGCAGGUGCAGCACGAUGUCCACAUCCACCCUCCUAACAAAGACUGUCUCAUCCGCGUCUACUUCGGUGAGAACAAGCCGGAUGCCACUCUCUACGGCCCAACGGACUCGCUUCGAAAUUUCCCUCUCUACCUGGAUCAAGCAAAGAUGAUAGGUCUCAACGUCAACGCAUAUGCGGAAGAGAUGGCCAUGGGACUCGCUAUUCUACACUGGCAAGCCCAAAUUGACGCACAAGACACCGAAUUCGUCAUUGGCAGCUCGACAGUGAAUCCAUUUGCUGCGCAGCGCCCGUAUCCUACGAUUUUCAAGCGUCCGGUAUCGUCUAUGGACAACUUCAGCCGACGAGAAACCCAAAUGUGGAUGUUAGAUUUUGACAAAUGUUCCGCAGUUGACCUGCACUCGAAGAACCCGUCGUCAGAUAUAGUCCAGAAGUACCUUGUCGCCGUUACCGGAAACGACCCUUACUUCCCACACCCUCGUCGCGAUCCCGAUCUCUGGCAACGAUUCCGCAAAGUCUACCUCCAAGCAAGUGAAAUCAUUAUCACGACCCGGCAACAACUAAAGCCGCGUGUGGCAAAGCUUCCCGCUAUGUUGAUAAAGCAGUGGGAGCUAUGGGGCGAUGAGAACAUGGCAGCGGAGGAAUUUGACCCUUUUGAAAGAAAUCCUGGGCAAGAAGAAGAAGAAGAAGAAGAAGACGGUGAUGACAGUGAGUCAGAGGUUGAUGAUGGUGAGGGUGAUCAUGGAGAAGACAGUCCGGAAAGCGACGCAUGA